CGUGGCAUUCUUUAGGAAUGUCCCUGCAAAGGCAGUAGUGGGUACAGAUGGUUCCUUUCAGGCACAAGGGUGAUCUUGGUUUCUUGUUCAGAAGCACCAGACCUGCAGAAAUGCAGUUGGUCAGUGGCCCCCAGAAUAUCUAUGGAAGGUGCAGGAGCUUGUACAUAAAAGAUACCACUGGGCACUGCCAGCCUCCUUUCAGCUCUCGCAGAUGGGCACAGCCAGGGAAUACUGGGAUCUGGUCUCCCCCCAAGAGCAGGAGUAUCUCUUUGUGCAGCACUGAAGGCAAUGGAGCCAAGUUAUUUUAAAUAGUGAUGCAAAUAAAAGAAGCAGAAUUUUUACAGCUUUGCUUUUCCACAAAACACAAUUCAACCACUGGUAAUUUUCUUUCAAAGACUUUCAGAAGAUUUUACUUCAUUUUCUCCUAAGGACAGCACUUUACCUGGUUAUUCCACUCCAGGACAUGCCAUUAUCUCAUAGUCUGUGCAUGCUGUGCACAUCCUUUCUGGUCUGUACAGGGCUGUGAUAAGCUGCUGAGCUGAUAAGGGAGCAGGUCAGCAUCCGUCCUGUAAAACCCAACCUGAGAAAUUCAGCUUUCCACCACGUAACCAUCAGACAUCACAGAGCAAGUGCAAUUCAUUUGGUGAAGUUCUGCUGCCACGCGCUGCUCUGUCAGCUCUCUAAAAUGGAAUUUGUGGCCAUUGCCACAACACCUAUCGCUGGAAAAAGGAAAUUAAUCUCUGCCUGUGGAGACCUGAUGCUGACCUGAGACACAGCUGUGGCUUUUGUUCCUUGAGCUCACCUACUUUUUCCAAGUGUGGGAGCUGGUAUUUUCAGCCGUGAGGUUAUUUUCUGGCCUUACAUGGUUGUGUGGCAGUGCCCUCCCCGUAAAGGGAGAGCUGGGCUUUUGGAGCUGACUGAGACCCUGACUGCUUCUUCCCUGAAGCCUGAGUGACACUCAGCACACAGAUAAGGGAAAUGGCAAAUUCCAUGCCACAGGCUCCCAGCCAGGGAAGAAUGCUGAUGCUGCACCCUGCAAGUGCAGCAUGAGGCCACCUGCCCUUUUCCUGGUGGGGAGCAGCCCCCAGAACCCAGCAGGAACCAGAAAAACAGGGAUUUAUUCCCAGCUGGGCGAGCUUGGUGCUGUUCCAGACCUGCUCCACCCUCUGCUUGGAGAGUUUGGUUCCAUGGCACCAUCUCCUAGCGACAGGGACACAAAGCACUGAGCCAGGGGAUUCCCUGCCGGGCUGGGGCUGCAUGGCAGCACCCCGCAGCGUCUCGGCUGCUUUUCAGGAGUACCUGCAGCACCUGGGGCUGCAGGACUUCCCCUGUGGCCUCGGCAGCUGGAACAAAUCCCGCCUCAAUGCCCGCAGGAGCACCCGGGCACAGCCCUUGGGGCUGGAGGAGGCCGUGCCACCAGGAGAGGAGACCCCCGAGGUGCUGCUGGAGCUGCUGAGAGACAAGCACAGCCCCUGGGCACUGCCCCCCGACUGCAGCCCCCAGGCCCAGCACCUGCGGGAAGUGGUGGUGCUGGCACCCGAGCUCCUCCGUGGCUCCAGAGUCUUCCAGCUUAUCAAGUCCCUGCGGAUACUCGACCAGGGGGUGGAGGAGGUGGAUGAGGGUGUGCUGCAGUUCCAGCAGCUGGAGGAGCUCGUCCUCAGUGCCAACCACAUCAGCAGAGUAACCUCGGCCCACCUGCCCCGGACUCUGAAGCUGCUGGAGCUCUGCUACAACGCUGUGGGUGAUCUGCAGGACCUGUGUGCUCGGCCACCCCCACAGCUCCAGCACUUGGGGCUGGGCUACAACCGGCUGUGCGGCCCUUCCCAGGAAAAGCACCUCACCGUGGAUUUCUGGCCAAACCUUGUCUCCCUUGACCUGAGCUUUAACAGCCUCACGGACCUGCUGGGGCUGGUCUCCCAACUGUCCACUCUGCAGAGCCUCCGCAUCCUGGUGCUCCAAGGGAACCCACUGGCUCUCAUCCCCACUUACAGAGGCUUCCUCGUGGACAGCCUGCCCAAGCUGUCCAUCCUCGAUGACAUCUACAUAUGGCCUGAAGAGAGGCAGCAGUUCCAUGGGCUGGCAAGGCAGCCAGAGCUGAUCAGGAGUGAAGCACGAGUGGUCGUGAGCAUUGGGGAGAUGAAGGGACUCCCUAAUCCCGAAGCUUUUCAGCAGCUGGAGGCUGGCUCCGAGGGUCCGGUGAUCACCUACAGCUACUGUGUGACCUACCAGUUUGCAGAGGGAGAGGAGCUUGAGGACAGGGGCAGUCCUGAGGGAACAGAAAUCCACCAGAGUCCCACCGUGGCCACACUGGAUGUGGACAUCUCUGCUCAGGACACAGGAGAAACAAAGAGCCAUCAGGAGUCUGCAGCCACAGAGGAGCCCAAGGCCCACUCUGCAAAGGUUUUUGCCACCCCUGCACAGCCCUGGGCAGACACCAUUGACUGCAGCUACAGGAAGGAACACAUUGCCAAGGACUUAGUGGGGCUGAAGUCCUACCUGGAGGCUGGAACCAUUGUCUCAGUUGUGGAGGAGAAGGUGCUCUCGUGGCCUGUGGAUCCAGAAGAAGAUGCUGUCACAAGUAAGAAGGAAGGACAGGAGCUGAAGAAGAAUGGUGCAAAGGACAAGCAGAAAAAGAAGAAGAAGAAGAAGUCAUGUGAAUUCCGCAGCGACCCUCCCAUUUGGAGCACCCUGGGCACCAUGAGGGUGACCUUGGAGACCCUGCUGGCCACUGAGAACCUGGUGGCAACUGUGUGUGACUUUGGGAUCCUGAUCCCUGAGAAACCACCAGAAGCAUCAGUUCUGGAGGAGAAGGAGGUAAAAAAAGGCAAAGACAAGAGCCAAAAACCCAAAGCAGAGAAAGGAGACCAGAAAACCGCGUCCACCAAAGGAAAAGGAAAAAACAAAGACACUGCUGAAGUGGAGGAGGAUCAAGAGCUCCAGCCGGUGCCACUGACAGUUCAAUUCCAGAUGCAGCUGCUUCGAUGGCCCUUGGCAGCCAGCACCCAGCCAUGGCAGUGGGGCAGACUCAGUGACGUGUCCAUAGCACAGGCAUGAAUGGAAAUAAACCCCACGGGAACGCUG